UAAAGAGAAGGAUCAGUAGAAACUCAAAAAUCUUCAUAAUUUCAACCAAAAAACACAAUGCAAUGUUCUGAAGAAACUAUUGCAAGGCUAUUCUACAAUGUCUCAAGUUCCUUUCAACUUUUCCUCAUUUUUUCCUACUUCACUUCCAUUUUACUUGCCAAACUCUUCUACUUUCUUGGUGGAAAUCCAUUUUUCUGGAGGAAUCGAGAUAAUGCAUAUGAAUUUGCAGAGUUUUCGGACGAAGAAAGUGAAUAUUACCAUAAUGAAGUUGAAACAAAUGAGGAAAAUCAUUAUGUAGCAUGCGCAUUUCGCGAACAUGGAAAAACUGAAUAUAGCUUAAAUAGCAAUGUCGCUGAUGAAGGAGACUCCAUUUAUGCAUCACUAGCUUCAGAAUCUGUUCAUAGUGAUGAUGAUGAUGAUGAUGAUGUUGAAGAGAAGAUUCUCAAUUCGAAAUCUUACAAGUGUGAUUUGGACAUGAUGGAUAGCGACAUUAAUCAUGGAAAAGUUUAUAGGAAAAUCAUGAAGGACAAGAAAGUAAUGAAGAGUAAAAAAAUUUGUAGAGAGGAAAAUUUCUUGGUUUAUGCACCAUCAAAGUUAGAGAGCAAGAAAUUUCAAUUUCAAGAAAAGGAGGACAAUAAUAUUGAUGAAAUAUUUGGAGAUUCUUAUAGUAUUGGUUCCACUUCUAAGAGUUCCUCCGAAUGGAGAAACUCCAUUAAAGAUUCGGGUGAAGAUCCAUUUUCUUCUUCUUCAAGAAGAAGUUGCCCCAAGUGGGAAUCUUACACGGUCUUCCAAAAAUAUGAUGAAGAAAUGCUGUUUUUAGAUAGAAUCAGUGUACAAAAACUCCACGAAACAGAAUCACUAAGAUCCAUUCAAUCAUGUCCAAGAUCAAUAUCAGACAGGAUUGUUUAUAAAUUAGCAACAAAGAACAGGAAAUCAUCGGAUUUUCGACACAACCCGUAUCACGAAUUAGAGGCUGCUUAUGUAGCACAGGUAUGCUUAGCAUGGGAGGCACUGAGCUGGAAUUACAAAUACUUCAAAAGCCUAAGAGCUUCGCGUCUUGAAGAGGAUUCGGGUUGUCCUGCUCAUGUAGCUCAGCAUUUUCAACAGUUUCAAGUGCUUUUACAAAGAUAUGUAGAGAAUGAGCCAUAUGAACAUGGUAAGAGGCCUGAGAUUUAUGCUAGGAUGAGAAGCUUAGCUCCAAAAUUGCUUCAAGUGCCUGAAUAUCGAGAUUCGGAUGAGGAAAAAGGACAGGAAAAUUUGUGCUCGAGAAUAUCAUCAGAUUCAUUUCUUCGGAUAAUGGAAGAAGCAAUCAGAACAUUUAUGCGUUUCCUCAAGGCGGACAAGGAGAAUCCUUGCCAAGUAUUAAUGACUGCUUUCUUUAAGAGAAACAAAAGAGGCUCUGCUGACCCUACUCUUCUCCUCUUACUCAAGAAAGUAAACAAUAAGAAAAAGUCAAGGGUGAAGGAUAUUGGUCGGGCAGGGAAAUGCCGCUUGGCUAAAAGGAGAUUAAAAGAAGAAGAAGAAAUGGAGAUAUUGAUGGGAUUAAUAGACUUAAAAGUGGUAUCAAGAGUAUUAAGAAUGAGUGAAGUGAAUGAUGAGCAGUUGCAUUGGUGCGAGGACAAAAUGAGCAAAGUCAGGGUAUCUGAUGGCAAAUUAUUUAGAGAUGCUUCACCACUGUUCUUCCCAGCAAACAUUAGCUAAAUUACUUUAAUUUGAUGAGUAGAUGUUGUUUUGUAAAUAACUACUACAAAAAGAGAAAUAAGGGUGGCCCAUGGAGAGUUAAAAGUAAGUUGAAUGAUGUGGGGUAAGUUGAAUGAUGUGGGGAUGACAGGAGAAUUUUAUGAACAAUUUUGAUAAAUAGUGAAUUACAUUAUAAGCAAAGGGAAAGAAAAAAGAUGGAUGAGGAUAUAUAGUGAGACAUGGGUACGUAGCUUUACUUCUUUUUAAACAUUAGGGGUUCAUCCAAGUUUGAAUUAAAAGGCAAAGCUGCAGAUUGUGCACCAGAAUAAAAGUAAAAGGUAGCAGCAUCACAUGGUAUAUAUAUAGGAUCUUAAUUUGAUCGCCUUUUUUUUUUUUUUUUGAAAUUUGAAGGGAAAUAAACAAAAUUAUCAACAAAUGAGAGACAUAUGCAUCGGGAGAGCUUAUGAAAGAUUGUCUUGAUUUGUAUCAUCAGUGUUAUGCUAUUGAUCAAGAAAUGUAAUGUACCAUUCAGACUCUAUACAUAGUCAUUUUACAUCAUUUUUACAAUGGAACUUAUUUUUUUCUUUCUUCAAUUAUAUGUUGGAAGAAGUGCAACAAUAGCCAUUUUUAGGAUUCAUAUUUAAGGAAUAGCCGCAUGUUAUAAAGU